UCGAUUUUAGUCCUCUAACUUUGAAAGGGAUAAAAUGAUUUAAUCGUGCGGCUCUUCUAGACUUUCCAAAUGCUUUCGGACCAAAUGGAUCACUUGUGAUAGUGAAACGAGUUUUUUCGAGGGGAACUGUGACUGAAAAAGAAGUUUACUCUGUUCUUACAGUCGUUUCUUUCACAAUGUCGUAGCUACGUCCUGGAAAGUUUUGCCAAUAGAGGAGACAUGUGUGGGAAAGAUCUCUGAACAGGGAUCACGACAUACUAUUUAUGUACUAUUUAUGUAAACAAUGGAUCGGAAUGUAGUUUUGAAAAUAUGAAGGUAGUCAUCUUUGUGUUUACACUUUAUUCGGUUGCAGUUUCCAUCGUGCUCGGGACGAGACUGACAGUCAACAGCGAGAGACAUUCCCUCUUUUACACCUACACGGCUUUCUCCAAACCUGUCGGACUCCCGGGCAUCCACCAGUUCUCAGCCAUGGGUCUGCUGGACGGCAGGAUGAUCGACUACUUUGACAGCGAGCACCAGAAGAAAAUUCCCACACAGGACUGGAUGAAAGAGAGACUGCCUGCAGAUUACUGGGACAAAGGAACACAGUCCCGCCUGAGCAAACAGCAGUGGUUCAACGUCAACAUCGACAUCCUGAAGACACGAAUGAGACAGAAUGAUUCAGACGUCCAUGUUCUUCAGUGGAUGCACGGCUGUGAGGGCGACACGCAGCCUGACGGCACGAUUAGGUUCCACCGCGGCAUAGACAUGUACGCCUACGAUGGAAACGACUUCCUGUCCUUUGACGACGCCAACCAAGUCUGGGUCGCCCCAAUUGAAGCGGCCGUCCCGACCAAGAGGAAGUGGGAUGAUGUCCAGGUCCUAAAAGAUUACACCAAAGGCUACCUGGAGAACGAGUGCAUGGAGUGGUUGAGGAAGUUUGUGGACUAUGGGCGAAUGCAGCUUCAAAAUGCCACUCCACCUGAAGUCUACGUGUUCACAAAGAGCACAACAGUUGAGACAAAGGUCAUGUUGACGUGCCUGGCCACAGGUUUCUACUCAAAAGACGUCAUCCUGAAUAUCAAAAGAAACGGCCGUGUUCUAACUCAAGGGGACGGAGUGGUUACCUCGGGCGUUCGACCAAAUGAAGACGACACCUUCCAGAGAAGAGACAGUGUGGAGAUUUUAAGGAGGGACACGUCUACAUUCACCUGUGAAGUGACUCAUCCUGCAUCCAGGUUACAUGUUCAGAAGGAAUGGGUUUCCAUUCUCCUCGGGACGGGACUGAUGGUGAACAGUGAGAGGCAUUCCCUCUUUUACACCUACACGGCUCUCUCCAAACCUGUCGGACUCCCGGGCAUCCACCAGUUCACAGCCAUGGGUCUGCUGGACGGCAGGAUGAUCGACUACUUUGACAGCGAGCACCAGCAGAAAGUUCCCAAACAGGACUGGAUGAAAGAGAGACUGCCUGCAGAUUACUGGGACAAAGGGACACAGUCCCGUCUGAGCAAACAGCAGAGUUUAACAAUCAACCUCGACAUCCUGAUGAAACGUAUGGGACAUAAUGACUCAGACAUCCAUGUUCUUCAGUGGAUGCACGGCUGUGAGGGCGAAAAGCAGCCUGACGGCACGAUUAGGUUCCACCGCGGCGUGGACAUGUACGCCUACGAUGGAAACGACUUCCUGUCCUUUGACGACGUCAACCAAGUCUGGGUUGCUUCGACUGACGCGGCUGUCCCGACCAAGAGGAAGUGGGAUGGGGUCCAGGUCCUUAAAGAAUACACCAUGGGCUACCUGGAGAACGAGUGCAUGGAGUGGUUGAGGAAGUUUGUGGACUAUGGGCGAAUGCAGCUUCAAAACGCCACUCCACCUGAAGUCUACGUGUUCACAAAGAGCACAACAGUUGAGACAAAGGUCAUGUUGACGUGCCUGGCCACAGGUUUCUACCCAAAAGACGUCAUCCUGAAUAUCAAAAGAAACGGCCGUGUUCUAAUUAAAGAGGACGGAGUGGUUACCUCGGGCGUUCGCCCAAAUGAAGACGACACCUUCCAGAGAAGAGACAGUGUGGACAUUUUAAGGAGUGACACGUCUACAUUCACCUGUGAAGUGAAACACCCUGCAUCCAAGUUGCAUGUUCAGAAGGAAUGGGCUCAAGAGCCUCCCAGCACUGCAGGUAUUGCUGUAGUGGUUCCUUUUGUUCGGUUUGUAGGGGUGAGUGUGGGUGUGAUCGUGGGAACGCUUCUAGUGGCCUUUAGCAAGAGAUGCGUUACCGGGUCUACAGAUGGUGACUCUUCCAACGACCCUGCUGCCGCCGACAGUCUUGUGUAUGAGAAUGAGGAAGACGCAGUGUGAAGUUCCUGCAAACAACAUCCUUCCCAUCAGCAUGUUAGCAUUGUCAGUGUGAGCAUUUGAGUAUGCUAAUGUUAGCAUUUAGCUCAAAGCCGAGUGCAGCCUCACAGAGCUGCUAAAGUGGAUGGAGUCUCACAUGUGAGACAUCACAUCAUUUUUGAGACACUGUGCACAACUCUGUAGUUUGGAAAACCAGUGGACCACCUGCAGUCCCAAUGAAAUCUGAAAAUAUUCUUCUUUGGUGUCUUUUUAAGCUGAACCACGAAGUCGUUAUUAUAUCAAAGGGUUGUUAGAGUUUGGAUCAUGUGGGUAAGCAAAUGUUUAUCAGGUUAAAAUCUCGCAACAGCUCAAAUAGAGGAGGCUUCUAUGAACAGGCUGUAAAAUAUAAAUACACAUUUAGGGGGUAGAUAAGGGUUAGUGGGUUAAAGGUAACCGGGAUUAAAAGGAAGUGAAUUAAUUAAUGAAUUUAUACUAUUUCCUCCUCCUGGUUGUGGAUGGUUCCUCUGCUGUGUACAGAUGUAGAUUUAAUCAGAUCCGGGGUGCCGCUGUGCCAAUAUGUGCUCCUCCUGAGAGCAACACUCUCCCUUUGUAGUUUUCUGUGACGAGUGUUUUAAAAAGCUGUUUACAAUGUGGCAAAAUGACUUAAUGCUUGUUUAAGAUUGUCUGUUUGUGUUGAGCAACACUCAAUACAAAAUGUUUGUAUUUUGAACAUUUUCCUUGAUACCUUUUCCUUCAAGUAGACUAAUGAUACUAUUUGUUACCAUUAUAUCACAAUAUUGUCUACAAUAAUCGCAAUAUGACUUUUUCAAUAUGAGAUUAAUGUAAAGGAUUCUGAUGAUGAUUUUACAGAUUAGGUUUCUUACUGGUAACCAGUGCCUGUUCCUGCACCUAAUGGACUUUCAUACACUUGUUUUCGUAUUAUAAAAAUAUGCAUCUGUGUGUUCUUUGCUGUCUUACGCAGAUUUUGUAUUUUUACAUGUUUGUUUGAAUUGCUACUUUUUGGGUUCUUGAACAAUAUAGACAUAGACCUACAUGUAAUCAAACCUGAGCGU